AUGAAUCGAAUCUUUGGAUAUGGGGGUCGUAAGAAUCACGAUCAACUGCUGCAAGACUCCAAUAAGGCAAUGAACGAAGCUCAACAAUCGAUGCAAGAACGAAUCUCUGGCCUUGAUACCCAAAUAUCUCAACUGAACGUCCAGCUUCAAGCUAUACAACGGAAAAUUUCAGGCACAUCCUCCGCUGCAGGUCAGAAACCCCUACGACAAAGGGCGUUAAAGCUGUUGAACAAACGCAAACAACUUGAAUCCAUGAGAGAUUCUUUGGAUUCCCAGUCGUGGUCCAUGAACCAGGCUCAGAUGACCAGCGAUAACUUAAGAAAUACCAUGGUCACGGUGAAUGCUUUGAAGCAGACAAACAAGGCAUUGAAAGCGCAAUACGGAAAAAUCAACAUCGACAAGCUUCAGGAUAUGCAGGACGAAAUGCUUGAUUUGGUGGAGCAAGGUGAGGAAUUGCAAAAUGUACUGGCCAUGGGUAGUGGCGUUCAAGAUCUAGACGACAUAAGCGAAACAGAGCUUGACGCAGAGCUAGAGGCCCUUGGGGACGGUUCCAUGAUGCAAGGGGAUAUGGCAUACGAAGGCGAAACGUCGGGCGAAAUACCGUCCUACCUCAGUGGCACAAUUCCUCAGUUUGUUGAUGAGGAGCCCUCAGCUGAAAUGCCUGGAAAAUUAGAAACUGCCACGUAG